AUGACUGUAAUGGUUUCUCCCUUGAUCAAUGCAAUAUACAAACCAAAAUUCCGAUUCAUGCAAUCGCAAUUAAGGACCGUGCAAAAACUGAGGUUCGAUGUGGAGCUUCGAAUCGUCGCUUGUGUCCACAAUGCUAAACAUGCCAAUAACAUGAUCCAUGUCAUUGAAUCCACAAAUGCUACUAGACUUUCACCUAUACAUGUAUCAGUAGCUCACUUAGUUCAACUCACUAGACAUGGCACAGCUAUUCUUGUUUCACAAAUGGAUAAUUCAAACAGCACGAUUGGUGGCGCAGAAGCAACCAACUAUGGAUCACAAUUAGAGUUUGAGAGCAUAACUAAUGCAUUUGAAAAACUCGUAGAACAAUACAAUGCGAUUAGGUUUGACAUAUCAAGUGUUGUCUCGUCCUACACAACUAUCCAUGAGGACAUUUACAAUGUUGCCGAAGAGAAACGCGCCAGCCUAAUUCUCCUUCCCUUUCACAAAGACUACUCAACAAUAGAAGAUGCUCCAGAAAUAAUCCACAAUGAACAUUGUGAGAUAAACAAAAAUGUUCUACAAAAAGCACCUUGUUCGGUAGGGAUCUUUGUGGAUCGCGGUUUAGGAUCGUUGUUAGAAAUAAAAUUACGCAUUAUAAUGAUUUUCAUCGGUGGACCUGACGACCGUGAAGCCUUGUCUAUUGCAUGGAGAAUGGCGGGGCAUCCAGGAACACAAUUACAUGUUGUGAGGAUCAAUCUGUUAGGUAAGGCUGCAGAAGAAACAAAACUAAAAAUGGAAAAAAGCAAGUCUCGUCAUGGAAUGUUGUCGACGGUUAUAGACAAUGUGAUGCAAAAAGAGUUGGAUGAAGAGUGUAUAAUUUCCAUUAGGCACAAAGCAGUGAACAAUAACGAUUCAAUUCUUUACUCAGAGAAGGAAGUCCAUUCGAAUACGGGCGAAGAGAUUCCAACGCUUCUUAACGAUAUUGAUAAACCUGGAUAUGAUUUGUACAUUGUUGGACAAGGAAGCGGUAAGAACUCGGUGAUUUUUUCGAGGUUGUUGGAAUGGUGCGACCAUCCUGAACUUGGUGUUAUAGGUGACAUAUUGGCUUCAACUAGCUUUGGUACGCAAUCUUCUGUGCUUAUUGUGCAACAAUAUUUGGUUGGAAGAAAACGCGUUAUGAGAAAAUGUCAUGAAGUGAAAAGUGGUACUGAAAAUUUGUAA